AUGUCAGCGCCCAGCGAACGUGAAUCAGGCAGAAAUAGAGUUCCACCUGGCAAUUCUUACGUAAGCGAUCAUAGACGACUUAAUUAAUCAAAUUAAGAUCUGUAAAAGCUGGAAGAAUUGUAAUUGAACGAAGUAUAGUUUGGUAAAUUAAAAUCACACAAAGUAUCACUAAAUGAAGCGUAAAUUAAAUUAAAAGCAGGAAAACAAAGUUCCGGCGUCGCGACGGCGAUGCGUCGGCAAUGCGUCGGCGAUGCACCGGAAUCCUGAGCAUUCGGGAGGAUCAUCGUGUAGUGUCCACAGCCUCAAAGGCUCUCCUUGGACAAAGACAACGUGGGCAAUCUCUAGAUCUUCUCGUGAAGUCUAGAGAUCAAUGAAGUGAGUCGUUGAAUCGUCUCCGGCGGCUGUCACCCAGCGGAGUGGAAAAACGGUGACUUUGCGGCUCUCCAGCGGCUGUCACCCGACGGAGAGGAGCUGAAUGGAGGUGGGGCGCAUGUCAGAGAGCUUCAUCCUCAAGUCCGCGCAGCAAGAGGAGGCUCUUCAUCGCAUCUGGUACGCUCUCAAGAGGUGGUGACUGGUCUCCUGGCGGAUCGUCCUCUUCUCGACGACGGCUUGUUUGUCGAUCAAUCAGAGAUGAUUUACUCGAUGGAUUCGCAAUCCUUUUAUUGUGAAUUGUUCAGCAAUUUUAGUAGCAAUGUCCCGCAAAUCGCAUUGAUGAGAUUUUCGCCGAUGAUCCAGCGAUUCUCGUUGCUUAAUCCUUCAACAGCGAUCUAUAGGAAAGUCGCGGUAAUCAAAUAAAAAUAUAUGAAUUUUGACUUUGGAAGGAUUCGAACCCGCGCCAGUCGCCCGCUUGUGAGGAAGGUGUGACGCGGGUUUAGUCCAACAUUGAUUGUGCGCUGAGUUUUCGGGCAAAUAUAGUAAUGUUAACUUUGUAAGCAAAGUCCCUUCUCUCGCAUGUACGACUACUCCUUGCCCCACAACCGGCUGGCCACUGGUGUUGUGGAAGGGGAGUGGUGCACACGUGUCCCUAUCGGUUCAAGCUAAGUUGCUCGAGCCCCUGCUCGCGGCUACUCCCCGACUGUGCUUUUAACCUGGCUGGCCGACGAGUCCCCUCAUUUUGCAACAUUUUUUAUUUUUAUUUCUUGUUCUUCAUUUAUCUCAAGGUAAGACUGUAAAAAUCAUAUAAAAUCACAUAAUUACCCAAAAAUUCACGUUAAUCAAUUGAAAACCAAAAAUCAUUCUUUAACACAAAUAUAAGUCUAUUUAUCAUGAAUUAAGGCUAAAACUAAAUUAUUUACUAAUUAUUAACUCAUGAUAAUAAAGACUUAUCAAGGAGGCUCUUCAUUGCAUCCAAUAUGUUCUCAAGAGGUGGCCACUAGUCUCCCGAUGGAUCGUCCUCUUCUUGAUGACGACUUGUUCAUCAAUUAAUUAGAGAUGUUUUAUUGGAUGGAUUCACGAUCCUUUUAUCACGAAUCAUUCAGUAAUUUUAGUAACAAUACUCUGCGAAUCGCGUCGAUGAGAUUUUCGCCAAUAAUCUAGUGAUUCUGACAGUUUAAUCCUUCAUCAGUAAUUUGCAAGAAAGUCACAAUAAUGAGAUAAAAAAUAUGAGUUUUGGCUUUAGGAAGAUUCACACCUACACUAGUUGCCCACCUGUAUAAGAAAGAUUGACAUAAGUAUUCUAAUGCCUUUAUCAAAUGAUGUCAUCAUGAUAUAUCUUUAUUAUAAAUAAGGGGUAUUUUAAGUAUUAAAAUCAUCAAACCUUUUUUAGGGAAGGUGUGAGGCGAGUUUAGUACUACAUCGCUUGUGCACCAAAGUUUCAAAUGAAUAUAUAGUAAUAUUACAUUUACAAGCAAGUCCCUUUCUCUUGUGUGUAUGA